AUGGAGGAGCCGAUCAAGAGCCGCGAGCUGAAGUUCGACGCGAACAGCGAAUUGGAAGUGAUGGCCGUGCUGCCGUUCCUCUGUCCGGACGCCCUCGAAUCGAUCGAACUCGUCUGCUCGGACGCGCGGCUCGAAGCGAAGGGCGAAGCGGACAUCAGCAUGCUCGACGUGGUGCUCACGCCGCAGUUCAAACAGGCCCGCGCCUGGAGCACCAAGGGAUUCGUGAUGGGCCUCUCGCCGAAGCACUUUGUCCACAUCGAGCACCUCAUCACCUCGUUCUCCUACCUUUCCGUCCAAGACGUGCAGAUUAUGCAACAAGUACAACUUUUCCUCUCUUUUUCACACUUUUCAAUUGACUUUCCGUUCAGGCCUACCUGGAAAUGCCGGGAUUCGUGAAGGCGUCAGUUCAGUGCACGGUGUUCAAUUACGAAGCCGUCGCGAAGGUCCUCGCGGAAAACCCCAACAAAUUGCUCCGGAUGACCAUGUCGAGAAAAGGUCUCUUCGUCGUAGAGAGGCAACAAAACUAG